AAACACCUAGGCAGGAUGGCCUUGUGGGGUGCUUUAUCUCCCCACCUUCUACUCCUUGGCCUCCUGUCUGUCCUCCUCAUUCACCCCAACGUGGGCAUUCGCCUCAGCAUUGUCCCUCGCCCCUCCCCGGACAUGCCCGAAUUUCAUGAAGCCCCAGCUUUUCAAAACGGUGAGCAAUGCGGAUCGGAAAACACUGAUAACAUCCAUGUAGCCAUGACCCUUGACGCCAACUACCUCCGGGGCACAGUGGCUGCUGUCUUCUCUAUGCUGCAACAUUUCACCUGCCCUGAAAACCUCAAGUUCCAUUUUCUAUCAGCCCGCACUGCCCCGGAGCUCUUUUCGAGAAUUAAGUCCACCUUCCCUUACUUGAGCUUCAAGACUUACGCCUUUGAUUCAAAUAGAGUUCGUGGGAAGAUAUCAAGGUCCAUAAGACGAGCAUUGGAUCAACCUAUGAACUAUGCGAGAAUUUACCUCGCUCAUAUUCUUCCAAGUGACAUGAGACGUGUUAUUUACUUGGAUUUGGACCUCGUUGUGGUCGACGACAUUGCAAAGCUAUGGGAAGUAGACAUGGAAGACAAGGUGGUGGCUGCAUCAGAAAAUUGCCAAGCAAACUUCACGCAAUACUUCACAGAUGCAUUAUGGUCCGACCCGGAUCUGUCAAAGACAUUCCGAGGAAGAAAGCCAUGCAAUUUUAACACAGAAGUGAUGGUGGUGGAUGUGGAAAAAUGGAGAAAAUGAGGGUAUACAAAGAAAGUAGGAGGGUGGAUGGCCCUGAAAAGGAGGCUAUACAAUUUGGGGUCCCUGCCGCCAUUUUUACUGGUUUUGGCUGGGAACAUCAAGGCUGUAGACCACAGGUGGAACCAACAUGGACUUGGUGGUGACAACCUUGAAGGAAGGUGCAGGAGACUUCACCCGGGUCCCAUUAGCCUUCUUCAUUGGAGUGGAAAGGGUAAGCCAUGGUUGCGGUUGGAUUCCACGAAACCAUGCACUGCUCAUCAUCUUCGGGCACCAUAUGAUCUCUACCAUUCUUCGAAACGCUUCCUGGAAGAAUAG